CGCUGAUCACCGGGAAAUGCAAUUGCUGGUUCUCUGCUGUACUUUCCUCACGCUGUCAGAGCGUGAGGAAAGUACUGCCGAGAACCAGCAGUUGUCAGAGCAGGGAUCGGCACCGAUCAUCAGGGCACUGAUGAUCAGUGCCCUGAUGAUCGGUGCCCAGCAGUGUCACCCACCAGUUCCGCCCACCUGUUGUGCCAGUCAGUGCCCAGCAGUUGCGCCAGUAAAUGCCUAGCAGUGCCACCUAUCAGUGCUGUCUAUCAGUACCCAUCAUCAGUGCCGCCUAUCAGUGCCACCUAUCAG